GCAAACAAACUGUUAGUAGCCUUCAAAUUUUCUUGACGUGUAAAUGUGUAAUUCUGUUGACGUAAUUAGACCUCUAAUUAGUAAACAAACGCGCAUGUGUUCAAAUUGUUUAUAAAAAUGAGUUUGCUUCCUCACGUAACAAAAUUACAUUAUCCUUGGAAUCCACGCCAGUUCUAAUGUGUACUCGGUGGCACGCGAAACAAAAUGCAAGAGGGCCGUUUUAAACGGGUGCUCAAAGUACAACAGUGUCUAAGCCGUUUAGGCAAUAAGCUUAACCGUGAAUUUUCUUUGUCAGCGCACGACCUGACCCUUAAAGACAAGCCCUUGGAUUUACGUUACUCGUCGACGCCGGAUAUUGACAGAUUAUCAUCAGCGGAUGUGGAAGGCAGUAAAUGUGUGCCAUCGGUCGCUUUUCAUAUCCACAAGGAUGUGGCCGAAACAAGGGAAGAUGGAGCGAUCAAUCUUCCUGAUAUUGUCAUUGAAAAUGCGGAGGAAAUUGAGCUUAGGUACGCUAGAGGCAAAUCCCCAAGCUCGCAUCGGGAUUUGUUGAAGAUGUUUAAGGAGACCGGUGAUAAAGUACAAAAGUUUCCAAUUCGGAAUGGAUGUCAUGUAUAAAUAAUGCGAGCUUUUAAGUUUACCUAUCCAUUACAGCUCCGUAGCACGCAACGAGAAUUUAAAUAUUAAAUUCGGGAAGUACUACACGAAAUGUGUAUUAGAGUUGUCUGAUGAUAAAUGUUAAUUUGUUUCAGUAUUUCCAGAAGAAU